UGCUGGGGAGAAGCGGGUUUGUUUUUGAAUCUGCGGUGGCGGCGAGUGGAGCGCACGGCUGAGACGGCAGCGUCCGGGACGGCUGCGCGGGACGGCUGCGUAGGAAGGAACUCGGGUCCCAGGCUCUCACCUCCCGCCCCCGAAGAACCUAUGAGAAUCUGCUGAAUGGCUACAGUGCGCUCCCUGGUGGGUGUGGAAGAUUCAGAAUGGAUAGUGUAGAAGAACCUCAGAAAAAAGUCUUCAAGGCUCGGAAAACAAUGAGGGUGAGCGAUCGCCAGCAGCUCGAUGCCGUGCACAGAGUCAAGGAGGAGCUGCUGAGGAGCGAUGGGAAGCUGCUGAACGGGAACCAUGAGAAUGGAGACUUGGAUCCCACUUCACCUUUGGAAAAUACAGAUUGUAUUCAAGAUAGAGAAGAAGUGAAUGGUAUUGAUGGGCUCUGUUUUCAAGCAGAAGAAAGUAAAACGGAAUGCAAAGAAGCACCUUGUAUGCCCAAUGUUGCUGUAAAAAACAAGCAAGAAGAUUUGAAUAGUGAAGCUUUGUCCCCCAGUAUAACUUGUGAUCUUGCUUCUGAAGUAACCACUGAACCAGCUUCUGGUACCCCAGCCUCUGACAACCCAGGCUGUGGUACCCCAGCCUCUGACAACCCAGGCUGUGGUACCCCAGCCUCUGACAACCCAGCCUCUGGUGAUCUGGCUGCAGGAGAGCUGGCCACUACAGUACAGUCCACUGGUGACUCUGCCUGUGAGGAGCCUCCCUCCAGUGAUCCCUCUUCAAGUGAUCCCUCUUCCAGUGAUCCCACCUGUAGUGAUCCCUCCUGUAGUGAUCCCAUCUCUGGAGAUCCAGUUUCUGAAGAAACCGCCCCUCAUGAUCUUGUCUCUGGUGAUUCCACUUGUGGUGAGCCAGUUUCUGGUGAGCCAGUGUCUCAUGAGGCAGCUUCAGGUGAACCAGCUACAAGUGAGCCAGCUUCAGAUGAAACGGUCGCAGAGGUAGUGGCGGCCUGUGAACUGGCCCCUGGGGAGUCAGCCUUGGAUGAUUGUGCCACCUCUGGUGGUUCACUUUCUGACGAGCUGCCUUCUACUGAGGACUCCCUUCCUAGGUCUGGCUGCAGCAGACUGGCUUCCGAUGAGGUGACUCCUGGGGAGCUCUCUGUGGAAUCAGCCACUGACACAGUUAAACCAAGUUCAGUGCCAGUUUGUGAAGCAGGUCCUGACCCUGACAAGACAGAGCAGAGUAGCAAUAACAGUGAUGGUCGUCCAGACAAGAAUGAAGACGAUGAACACUUAGACCAAAUUCAAAGUAAAGACUCAUGUGAUGAGGGAAAUAAAGUGAACAGUAAUGUUGGUGAGAAGGAAGAAACUCUAGAAACACACAGUGCAAUUAUUUGUCCUGAUCUACCUCCAGAAAAUUCGACGAAGGUAGCGGAGGAUCCCAUUGCUGAGCCUGCUCUCGAAGAAGAGGCCAUCUCCAGCAGCAUGGAAGUUGACCAAAGCGAAAAGGAUGGGCAUAAAAGUCCUGCAGAACUUGUAGAAGCUGUCAGUGAGGACCCCACAGAGGACAAGGAGGAUACUGUCUUAGACAACACGGAUUCUAUGGAAACGGAUGAGAUCAUUCCUAUUUUGGAAAAACUUGCACCCACUGAGGAUGAACUCAGUUGCUUUUCAAAAACUUCUCUCCUUCCAGUGGAAACGAGUCAGGAUUUGGAGGAUAAGAUGGAGGGUUCUUUUGGCUCACCCUCAAAACAAGAAAGCAGUGAGAAUUUGCCAAAAGAAGCCUUCUUAGUCCUUUCUGAUGAGGAGGAUAUUUCGUGUGGAAAAGAUGAGUCUGAAGUUCUAGCACAGAAUAAGAUGAACGCUCCAGAGGGAGAAAAGAGUGAGAAGGAUGGCAAAGCUGAGGAAGAGGAGCGAGUGCCAGACGAGGAGCAACUGCCUGUGAGAAAUGAAUUUUCCAGACGAAAACGUUCUAAGUCAGAAGACAUGGACAGUGUAGAGUCCAAACGCCGGCGAUACAUGGAUGAAGAAUACGAAGCCGAGUUUCAAGUCAAGAUCACAGCCAAAGGAGACAUCAACCAGAAGCUUCAAAAGGUCAUACAGUGGUUGCUACAAGAAAAACUGUGUGCCCUACAGUGUGCUGUGUUUGAUAAGACGUUGGCAGAAUUAAAAACACGAGUGGAGAAGAUAGAGUGCAACAAGAGGCAUAAGACUGUGCUCACCGAGCUGCAGGCCAAGAUAGCCAGAUUAACCAAACGUUUUGGAGCAGCCAAAGAUGACCUUAAGAAAAGACAAGAAAGCCCUCCAAACCCACCCAUAUCACCAGGAAAGCCUGCCAAUGACGUCAACAGCAAUAAUAAUGUGACCUACAGAAAUGCAGGCACAGUGCGACAACUGCUGGAGUCCAAAAGAAAUGUUACCGAGGGUCCACCACCAUCUUUUCAAACUCCUGUGAAUACAGUGUCUUCAGCCAGUCACGUCACGUCUACAGCAGUUGUCAGUAGUCAGCCUAAACUGCAGACCUCAGCAACCUCAGGCUCUCUGCCGGCAGCACCUCUUCUUCCUGCGCCCAGCACAGCCACCGUAGUUGCCACUACUCAGGUGCCUAGUGGGACCCCUCAGCCUGCAAUCUCUCUGCAGCCCUUGCCAGUGAUUCUGCACGUACCCGUUGCGGUAACCUCUCAGCCUCAGCUCCUUCAAAGCCAUCCAGGGACUUUAGUGACCAAUCAACCAUCUGGCAACGUGGAAUUCAUAUCUGUGCAAAGCCAACCUACAGUGAGUGGUCUUACCAAAAAUCCAGUAUCCUUGCCACCCUUGCCAAACCCCACUAAACCAAACAUUCCGUCAGUGCCCAGUCCUAGCAUUCAGAGGAACUCUUCAGCCACCGCACCUUUGGGAACAACACUUGCUGUCCAGGCCGUUCCAACUGCACAUUCUAUUGUGCAAGCCACAAGGACUUCUCUACCCACAGUAGGCCCAUCAGGACUCUAUAGCUCUUCAAGCAAUCGAGGCCCAAUACAGAUGAAAAUCCCAAUACCCACUUUUAGCACUUCAUCUUCUGCAGAACAAAAUAGCUCUGCCACCCCAAGAAUUGAAAACCAGACAAACAAAACAGUAGAUUCUUCUGUUAAUAAGAAGGCAGCCGAUAGCACAUCACAGAGUGGAAAAGCUUCUAGCAAUGACUCAAGUGGUGUCAUUGAUCUCACGAUGGACGAUGAAGAGAGUGGAACUACACAAGAGCCCAAGAAGAUAAGUCCUCCUUCUGCGUCUACUGUGAGCACUUCUCAGCCCAUGUCUCGACCGUUGCAGCCCAUUCUGCCAGCACCACCUCUUCAGCCAUCAGGGGUGCCCACAAGUGGACCAUCUCAGGCAACUAUCCACGUUCUGCCUACAGCUCCAACCACCGUGAAUGUAACACAUCGUCCAGUAACUCAGGUGACCACAAGACUCCCUGUACCAAGAGCUCCUGCAAACCACCAAGUGGUUUAUACAACUCUCCCAGCACCAACCACUCAGGCUCCCCUACGAGGGACUGUUAUGCAGGCUCCUGCCGUUCGUCAGGUCAAUCCUCAAACUAGUGUUACAGUUCGAGUGCCUCAGACAACCACGUACGUUGUAAACAAUGGACUGACCCUAGGAUCAGCAGGGCCUCAGCUCACGGUACAUCACAGGCCCCCACAAGUGCACAAUGAGCCCCCACGCCCUCUGCAUCCAGCGCCCUUACCAGAAGCCCCACAGCCCCAGCGUCUGCCCCCGGAAGCUGCCAGCACUUCUCUGCCUCAGAAACCACACUUGAAGUUAGCGCGAGUUCAGAGUCAGAAUGGCAUUGUUCUGUCGUGGAGCGUCCUGGAAGUGGACCGAAGCUGUGCUGCUGUUGACAGCUACCAUCUCUAUGCUUACCACGAGGAGCCCAGUGCCACUGUACCCUCACAGUGGAAGAAGAUCGGGGAAGUCAAAGCCCUGCCCUUGCCCAUGGCUUGCACUCUCACGCAGUUUGUGUCUGGCAGCAAGUACUACUUUGCAGUGCGCGCCAAGGACAUUUAUGGCCGCUUUGGGCCUUUCUGUGACCCCCAGUCCACGGACGUGAUCUCUUCCCCCCAGAACAGUUAGACCUGGGGUCCUCCAGCUCCCACUUCCGGAGGUUUCACAUCUCGGGCUUGUUUUUAAUCUUGUGCAUGAAAUUCAUUGUAAAAAUCCACCUUGUGCAAGAUCUCCCGGACAGGUGACUGUAUACACUACGUUUGUUUAUAACCGGAAGCAAAAUAAAUUCAGCCCAUAAAGCAAGUCUUCCCCUGAACAAUUCAGACUUCGGGGUUUUGAAAUGUAUAUUUAUUCCUUGCUUUUUGGUUUUGAGGCUGGGGAAUAUGUAUGGGUGUUUGUGUGUUUUCUUCCUUUCUUUAAAUUUUUAAAUUUCUAGUUGUGUGUGUAUCACAGUGUAAUCUCCUGUUUUCCUCUCAAAGUUACCUCUCUUCCAGUAGGAAGUGUAUUGCUGACCGAAUCUGAGGUGCAGAGCUGGUGUGAUUCUGCCUUGAGAGGAGGCUAGAAGAUCAAAGAAUCUAAAUAAGACCGGAAGGAAGGAAGGAAGGAAGGAAGGAAGGAAGGAAGGAAGGAAGGAAGGAAGGAAGGAAGGAGAGAAAGAAAAGUAUUUAACUUAAAGUAGAUGAGUUGGAGCAGAGGAAAUAUUCCUUCUGUGUAUUCUUUGAUUUCUUCUGAGGUGCUGACGAGGUGAACAGUGGCAUCACCCCAAGUUCCUAAUCUGGCUUCUCCUUUUGUGUUUGUGCCUUAACUACAGAAUCCACAGACCACAUGUCCAUUGUCGUGAAUUGCUCUUUCAGCUUCUAUUGGCUCUUCAUUGCCACCAAAAAUCCCAUACCCCUUAAGCAUUUUAGAAGCAAGCUGUGAACGUGUGUUCUCCUCUGUGACAUCUCUACGUUCAGCUCCAAAGUUGUGACUUACUGUUAUGUUUCAAGAACAUAUUUUUAUUUUUGCCCAUCUUUUAACUUUGCAUAAAAUAGGCCAUAUUGUUUGAGAGCAAUUUUCUUUAACCCUGUUCAAUAACCAUGUUACAUUGCUAGAGAAUCUGAGGGAAGUUCUGGCUCAUCUCAGCACUCAUGGGAUAGUGUCCUUUCAAAGGCAGUACAUGUCAAACUUCAUGGAAGACCAGGGCAAAGCUCAGUUUCCUCUUGAUUCUCAGGAGGUCGUUCCUGCUUUAGUCUGAACUGUUUUGGUGGUGCCAAGUGGACUCUGAUUUCGUCAGCUUUGGGUAGAACCUAAAAGCUAUCCUUUGGGUCAUUCCACACUGCAGGUAGAUCUGCUUGCUUUACUAGUUCUCAGUCCUUCAAAAUAUUAGUAGACUCAGGCUCUGCCUUGCAUUUCCAAGGCAUAGCAGUUGCAGGGAAUCAGGCAGGUACCUUUGAGAGCUGAGGGGAAGGCCAAGCAUUUAAGGAUGAGUGAGGACUCGAGUCUGAAGGCACUGGUGAGCUGUCUUCCCUUAAGGCAUUUUAAGUCCUAUUUCUACCUUUGCAUGCUGCAUCAGCCGUUCACUUGUCCUGGCAUUAAAAGCAGGAGCUCCGUUCCCUGUGUGCAUUUGCCUCUAUGUUGGCUUGGCUUGCAGAAGGAAUCGUUGAGUUAUAAAGAAAUUAUCUUUGAUGACUUCCACCAGGUGGUGGUCUGUCAUCUUCAGCGUGAAGGAAGCCUGCAGUUGCCAAAGUGUAAAUGCCCCUAACCAUCCACUCUGAGAACGAGGAGACCACGUGAGAACCACUUUCCCACAAGUUAAGCUUGGGGAGCAGUCGUGAAGCUAGGAUCGCUAAGCGGUCCUGAUCAUGGGAAACUGUUGCCAGGGUCAUGGCAACAAGGAUUUGGAAAGGAAGAAAUGAUUUUCUAACUGUAUGUGAGCGCCUCUCUGUACGGAGCGUGUUUCUGCCGCGUGGGUACAGUGUUGGCCUUCUGUUCAACAUCAUUCCUGUCUAUAGUAGAAAGUGCAUAUUCAAAAUGGUUUUCACUGGUGGGUCUGCUCACUAGCUAAUGAAAGUUUCUCUGGAUGAAUAUGUUUGUUUAUAUUCAGUAAUUAUUUUACAUUUACUAGUUCUUUUUAAAAAAGUUUUCCUAGUGUUAAUAUAAUCAUGUGAAGAAAGCCUAGUGGAAUUCAUAUUAUUUUAUUGUUUUGGCUUUUACUUGGGUGUUUUUUUGUUUUUUUUUGUUUUUUUUUUUUUUUUUUUGUCAAAGAAAAAAAAAUCCCAAAUAGUGGCUCUAGAUGUAGAUUUACUGCAGAAAAUAAUUAUGGAAACCUGUUUAUUCCAGAUUGGAAAGAAGGUAUAGACAGAAACUAGUUGUGAAGAGGAAAUGCACUUGUGGUCUGUCUCCUCAGGUAACCCAGCAGGAUGCGAGCCUUGGCAGCAGCUUUGCUGGCUUCCUGGAAUGUGCCAGAGGCAAAAUGUGGGUGCUGAGGGUAUUGGCUUUUUAUUUGGCUGUCUGUGGGGGAGGGAGGUUUCCUCCCUGGGAUCUCUUCUCAAAGUAUUAUAAAGAAGUUCCAUUGUCCCAUUUUGGGAGAUUCAAGUUUGCUACAUUUCUAGCCUGACAAUACUGGUAAGUGUUGCCUUAGUGGGAAUCCUAGAAACUUCUGGAAUCUCUAGCUGAAGUGUCAGAUGCUUCUCAAGUAACUAGCAGUGACAGCUGUCUGUCACUCUCUCCUUUGCACUUUGUCUGAGUACUUUUCACCCUGUUUUAAGUGUGAGUAAGCCUCUUUAUGUUCUGGCUAAUGGCAUACAGAAGCAGCUUGUUGUAACAGUUCACUUUACACAGUGGCUCUGUCCCUGGCUCCAGGCUCUGCUCCAGUCCAUCCUUCUACGUCUGCAGAGUGCUUUCUGCACUGUGUGAUGCAGUAUGACUUUAUGAACGGAACCGAGCUUUCUUCCUUGGAAAUGCUUGUUGGGAUAGCAUUUGCCUCAAAGAGAGGUGUUCUUCCCUGACCUCACCCAUGCCAGAUAAAGGAUACUUUUGCAAGUGUGGGGCAUCUCUUCAGAGCUCCAUUCCAGUGUUGGACAGGUGUUCUGGUGGCUUGCUCCAACCGCUUUAAAUAUCCUCCCAGUUGCCGCUUAGUGUCAGUGUGACAUGGCAGGGAUGCCACUCCCCAUGUGUCUCCCAGUACUGUCUGUGAUUUACAAUGCUCUGUGUGGCUUCCUCUCUUGACAUGCUAUGAUUUCACACCAUAGGUACGACAGAGAAAGCCUUCCAAGUGUUCUCCCGACUCCUCAGGCCAUUUCAGUAUCCUCAUAUGGUCAACUUUUCCCACUUACGAGUGAUGGGGUGGCCUGGUUGGUUCUCCUGGAACUACACAUGUCCUUGUGCUAUAGACAAUAACUGUGUAAUCAUGUGUGAUUCUGUCUUCCUUAAUCAUUUCAGGGCAAAUGGCUUUAAAAAAAUAUUUAAGGGACACAUCGAGAUUAGAAUAAUUAUGAAGGGUUUGUUGGAGCAGGAGACUAAUUUGUAAAACUCUUCCUCUUGAGCCAGCGGAGAGGGAGGAGCUGAAGUCACUGCUCCAGUCUGCAGAAAGACUCUGUGUUUGAGCUUUUGUUUUGUGUUUUCUAUGUAGCUGAGUACUUACCUAUCAUUUAAAUAUUUAAAUGUGUUUUCUCUCCCUUUUUCUCUUUUGUAAAUAAGGGAACAAAGCAAUCAAAUACCUUCUGGGGGAUCCUAGCUUGAGGAUUUUAUCAACCAUUUCAAAUGUAAAUGUAAAAAUCAGUCCCUGUAGGAAACUCGAAUCCUAAUUUCUGUUUGUUGCAGUUGGAAAUGUAAAUAAGAUGCUGUAAGACCCUCCUAAGGUCUAAUGCUAACUGGGCAGUAGCAGGUUGGUUGCCCUAUUUUUUAUUAGGUUUUGAAGGUUUUAAUUUUCUUUCCUAAAUGUACAGUAGAAUGGUGUCCGUGUAAGUGUCGACUGUAGUGGGGUUUGUCCAGCCUGAACUUUAUACUUUGAAAUAAAUGACUGGGUUUUUAACAUUCUGAGUACCCUGACUCAUUCCAAGAGUUUUCAGUCCAUGUGUUUCUUUAAAAAUUCCCACUUCUGUCACGAAAACCCCUUGCUCCCUGUCCAGUGGCCUCCACCUGAUGCUGUGCCCUGGCUUUGGGAGAGAAUUGCUACCUGGUUAGAUAGGGUAUUUUCAGCUAGUGAGAGAGAAGGGCGUGUCCAGCCUGCUGUCCAUUUACACCCAGGAGGGAUCCCUGCCCCUGUUAGCAGCAGGGGAAGGCAAAAGACCUUGGGAAACGCAGGUGUCUCUAACAGGCCCUCAUCCUGCCUCCAGCUCCACUUGAACUUGGUUCUAUUAUGAACUGUGAUUGAUGUUU